UCAAGCUACAACUGUGUUGCCUUCACGAUCAUGUGUAUCGCAGAGCUCCAUUUACAUUCCCUUUACACAACUGAUAAAAACGACGAUGUCUCCUCCUCAUCAGGCAUGGAUGAUUUAAAAAUGAACGUUAGUCAUGUUCAAAAGCGUGGUUAAUGCGUGGUCUUGGCCGACUGUGGAAGCUUAAUUGAUUUACUUAGAAGGUAGGCUGGCUAAAACAGUUUACAGUGUAAAAUGCGAAACAUUUCUCUGCUUAGUUGCAGAUGUUGUUGGAGGAUUUAUCAAUAACAGUUUUAUUCAUGUGCUGGUCGAGGCGGUGGUUUCACCCUCGUUGCUUUGAUCCUCCUCCCCGCUUCAGUAGCGAUUUGAACUACGGGUGUCAUUCUUCCAAUAGGUAAUAGCAACAUUGUAACGCAUUGGAAAGAUGGGGAGCACGACCUCUUGCUGUGUGUCUUCAAGUCCGAAGCUCCGAAGAAAUGCUCAUUCGAGGCUGGAGUCGUACAACACCGAACCGGAGUUGAGUAGGGAGGAUACGGGCUGCAACCUGCAGCACAUCAGCGACCGAGAGAAUGUCGACGAGCUGAACAUGGAGUACAACCCCUCUGACCAUCCUCGGGCCAGCACAAUAUUCCUCAGCAAAUCUCAGACGGAUGUGGAGUUGUCCAGCAAAAGUGUGCGUGAAAAAAGAAAGAGUCUCUUCAUCAAUCAUCAUGGAUCAACUAGAAGAAAACACAGCUCCUGUUCCACCAUCUUCCUGGAUGACAACACAGUCAGUCAGCCCAAUCUUAAAUUCACCAUUAAAUGUGUAUCUCUUGCAAUAUAUUACCAUAUCAAGAAUAGGGACACAGAUGGAGGAAUGCGGCAAGACAUUUUUGACGAGAAGCUUCACCCUCUCUCGAAAUCUGAAGUGCCGUCUGACUAUGACAAACACGACCCCGAGCAGAAACAGAUCUACCGCUUCGUCCGGACGCUGUUCAGCGCCGCUCAGCUCACUGCAGAAUGUGCCAUUGUUACACUGGUGUACGUUGAGAGGCUGCUGACGUAUGCAGAGAUAGACAUUGGCCCAGAGAACUGGAAGCGUAUGGUACUGGGAGCCAUUCUGCUGGCCUCUAAGGUCUGGGAUGACCAGGCUGUUUGGAACGUAGACUACUGCCAGAUCCUCAAAGACAUCACCGUGGAGGACAUGAACGAGCUGGAGCGUCAGUUUCUGGAGCUUUUGCAGUUCAACAUCAACGUUCCAUCAAGUGUUUAUGCCAAGUAUUACUUUGACCUGCGCUCACUGUCAGAGACCAACAACCUGAGCUUCCCUCUGGAGCCCCUGAGCCGGGACAAAGCCCAGAGACUAGAGGCGAUCUCAAGGUUAUGUGACGACAAGUACAAGGCUGCCAGGAGAGCUGCCAAGAAGCGCUCAGCGAGCGUGGACAAUCUGGUCGGGGUGCGAUGGGUCCCUGCCAUCCUUUCCUAACAACCAGGAACAUAGACCACACCUGAGACUGGGCCUGAGACUGGGCCUGAGACUGGGCCUGAGGCUGGGCCUGAGACUGGGCCUGAGGCUGGGAUAGAGGCCAGCAUGGUAAAAUUCCCAGGUUUUCCAGAAUACCUGAUUGGAGGAUUCCAGAUUUCCUGCUGAUUCCGGGAAUCAUCCAAUCUGGAUUCCUGGGGAAUUUUGGAAAAGUUACCCGAAUUCUGCAACCCGAACCUGGAUAGACAGACCGACCUUGUCACAGAUAGAUGCCUUCACAGUGCCUCCGCUCCUGUAACACAGGGAAGAGCUCUCUAUAGGACUGGUAGUUCACUGACUGUUAAGAGUAAGAAAAAUGAAAGCUUCUUUGUGAUACAACAUAAAGAUGACUGUUAAGAGAUCUCAUGACAUCACAGUUUUCUGUGGACAGAAGCAGCCAGGUGACCAUCAAGACCAUCAGAAGUAGCCAGCCAACCAUCACUGUGGAAACAUUAGCUUUAUGCGUUGUAGCAGCAAACCAACAGAGAAGUUGUCAGAAAACAACAUUUCAGUGUCAUUUGACCUCUUUUCCUGGGUCGUACCAAACGAAAGAAAAAGGACUGAAACGGUUGGAUGACCUGAACUUGUCCAUUAAGAAACGGUUUGCGUUGAAAAGGUUUUGCUAUGGCGUGCACUAAUGAAUACGAUCAUGGGUCCUAGACUGUCCAAGCUGGCGUGGCACGACAGACAGUUGGUUGCCUUUGGAGAUGGUUCUGUUACUUUUGGUGAAAGGGUUUAUAUUCAUUUUGUGUUCAUAAGGUUGUUUUCACUGCCUACUGCUAUAGCCGACCAAACUCAAGUACCUGCAGACAUCAUUUGAUCAGGUAAAACAGCAUUCUAGCUGUGCAGGCGUUUCUACUGGAGAUCUACAUUCAAAUUCCAGAAACAUUUAGUUCUUAAUGAACACAUUUAUUUUGUUCAUGUUCAAACAAGUUGACCAUAUUACUUUACUACCCACUGGGCAAAAACUGGUUGAAUCAAACAUGGUUUCCACGUAAUUUCAACAAAACAAUUCAAUGUGAUGACGAUGAAUCAACAUGGUUUCCACGUAAUUUCAACAAAACAAUUCAAUGUGAUGACGAUGAAUCAACAUGGUUUCCACGUAAUUUCAACAAAACAAUUCAAUGUGAUGACGAUGAAUCAACAUGGUUUCCACGUAAUUUCAACAAAACAAUUCAAUGUGAUGACGAUGAAUCAACAUGGUUUCCACGUAAUUUCAACAAAACAAUUCAAUGUGAUGACGAUGAAUCAACAUGGUUUCCACGUAAUUUCAACAAAACAAUUCAAUGUGAUGAUGUUGAAUCAAUGUGGAAAACUGAUUGGAUUCGAAAAAAGUAUUUUUUUCACUGAACUUUUAACCUAAACUUUUUAUGUAAAUAAGAAAUAGACGUUGAACUGACGUCUGUGCCCAGUGGGUACCUUUCCACUAGUAUAUCUCCCUAGUUACUGUACAUCCCAAUACUCAGAGUGUUAUAUUCAGAUCUGCAGCUAAAUUCACCAAUGAUUUACUACAUGGCCAAAUGUAUGUGGACACCCCUUCAAAUUCGUGGAUUCGGCUAUUUCAGACACAUCUCUUGAUGACAGGUGUAUAGAAUUGAGCAAACAGACAAACAUUGGCAGUAGAAUGGCCUUACUGAAAAGCUCAGUGACUUUCAAUGUGGCACCGUCAUAAGAAGCCACCUUUCCAACAAUUCAGUUCGUCAAAUUUCUGCCCUGUUAGAGCUUCCUUGGUCAACUUUAAGUGCUGUUAUUGUGAAGUGGAAACAUCAAGGAGCAACAGCGGCUCAUCCACAAAGUGGUAGGCCACACAACCUCACAGAAAGGGACCGCUGAGUGCUGAAGCGCGUAACGCGUAAGAAUCGUCUGUCCUCAGUUGUAACAUUCACUACUGAUUUCCAAACUGCCCCUGGAAGAACGUCAGCACAAGAACUCGUCGGGAGCUUCAUGAAAUGGGUUUCCAUGGCCGAGCAGCCGCAAACAAGCCUAAGAUCACCAUGCGCAAUGCCAAGUGUCGGCUGGAGUGGUGUAAAGCUCACCGCCAUUGGACUCUGGAGCAGUGGAAAUGUGUUCUCCUGAGGAAUUAAUCACAUCACCAUCUGGCAGUCCAACGGGCGAAUCUGGGUUUGGCGAAUGCCAGGAGAACACUACCUGCCCGAAUGCAUAGUGCCAACUCUUAAGUUUGGUGGAGGAGGAAUAAUGGUCUUUGGCUGUUUUUCAUGGUUCGGGCUAGGCCCCUUAGUUCCAGUAAAGGGAAAUAUUAACGCUACAGCAUACAAUGACAUUCUAGACGAUUCUGUGCUUCUAACUUUGUGGCAACAGUUUGGGGAAGGUCCUUUCCUGUUUCAGAAUAACAAUGCUCCCGUGUACAAAGCGAGGUCCAUACAGAAAUGGUUUGUCGAGAUCAGUGUGGAAGAACUUGACUGGCUUGCACAGAGCCCUGACCUCAACCUCAUCGAACACCUUUGGGAUGAAUUGGAACGCCGACUGAGAGCCAGGCCUAUUCAAGAAUAGUGGAGGCUGUUAUAGCAGCAAAUCGUGCACCAACAUUAAUGCCCAUGAUUAAUAUGUGUCCACAUACCUUUGGCCAUGUAGUGUAAAUGUGAGUGAUUUAGCUACUGUGAAUGUGUCAUCCACAGGAUUCAAAGUAGGUUAUAUUGACAAGAAGGUGACCAAUGAAAGGAUAGAAAUGGGUUAUCAUACUUGAUACACCGUGUGAAGCAUGACUUGUGUUUUUUGUUUUAGAACUCGAUGUUUUAAGCUACAAUGUUUCUUUAUUUGUUUAAGAACAAAAACCUGAACACUGAGCCAACUUCUAUAUAACAUAGCUCCUCCAAACGUUAUACAGUUUGAUUUUGUCUAAUAAAUAUAUUAAUAUUGUUAUAUUCAUGAUCAACUUUUAUUUGUGUUUUUUUCAUUUGUCAAGAAGACCCUACUGACAACUGAAGCACUACAAUUGUAUGAAUUAUUUAGAAAAUAAACUGUACAGUGUAUAAUCAAGUAUUAAAGUGAUGAUGCGAUCAUUAACUUCAUUUUGAAAUAUUUAUAUGAAGGCUUUGAUCCAUGUUUGUAAUAAAAGAAAAUGUCUUUUGA